GACGCGGCACCGCUCGGAUCUCUGCGGGGUUUUUUCUGCGCCUUUUCUACCGCGUACGAGGCUCCGGAUGGACCGUUAAUCAGAGUUAAACUUCUCCUUUUUUUUCUCCUGUGGAUGUGUCUCUCCUCGGCGCCGUAAAAGCGGAUCACUUUUCCCCUGGAGUCGCGGAGAGAAGCAGCAGGAUGAAAUACAAAAACCUGAUGGCGAAGGCGCUGUACGACAACGUGCCCGAGUCGCCCGAGGAGCUGGCCUUCCGCCGGGGCGACAUCCUGACCGUCAUCGAGCAGAACACGGGGGGGCUGGAGGGCUGGUGGCUGUGCUCGCUGCACGGCCGGCAGGGCAUCGCCCCCGGCAACCGCCUCAAGCUGCUGAUCGGGCCGCUGUUCGAGGCCCAGCCGUCGGCCGGCGCCAGCGCCGCCGGGGGCAUCUACCAGGUUCCCCCCUCCCAGCAGCAGCAGGGCAUCUACCAGGUGCCCCCGGCGCAGGACGUGUACCAGGUCCCGCCCCGAAGCGGCCUGGCAGCGGAGAACGGCCCCAGCAAGGUGGUGACGCCGACCCGGGUGGGCCAGUCCUACAGCUACAGUCCGGGCCAGCACCACCAGCAGGACCUGUACGACGUCCCGCCCAGCCGGUCCGAGGGGGUCUACGAUGUCCCGCCGGGCCAGGGGUUCCCCGGCCAGCAGGGCGGGGCCCGGAACCAGAACCAGGGGGUCUACGACGUCCCCCCGUCCCAACUGGACCUCAAGACGCAAGGAAUCUACGACGUCCCGCCGUCUUCACAAGGGGUCUACUCCGUCCCCCCCUGCAGAGCCGCCGCCCCCCAGGAGGGGAACUACGACUUCCCCCAGUCGCUGAAGCAGAAGCAGGAGGGGAUCUACGACGUCCCGCCCCCCUGCCUGGCCAAGCCCGCCCCCCCGUCCCACUACGCCCUCCCCGCCCCCCCCGAGGGCAUCUACGACGUCCCCCCGCCCACCCUGCCCUCGGGGGCGGGGCCUCAGCAGGACGUGUACGACUUCCCGCGCGGCGCGCCGCUCCGGACCUCGCCGGCCGACCGCGACGGCGGCGGCGGCAUCUACGACGUCCCGGCGCAGGAGCCCCGGCCCCUGGCGGACCUGGUGGACGGCGUCAACCGCCUGUCCUUCUCCAGCACCGGCAGCACGCGCAGCAGCAUGUCCACGUCCUCGUCCUCCACCGGGUCCGAGGUCCGGCUGGCGCUGGACCUGGACGCGGCGCUGCAGCGGCUAGCGCGCCUGCAGCAGGCGGCCGAGGCCGCCGUGGCGGCGCUGCUCUGCAUGGCGGCGUCCCCCCACUGGAGGACGUUCCCCUUCAUGGAGCGCCACGCCAACGACCUGCGCGCGCUGCUGGACCGGGUCCGGGCCGCCCUGGGCGACCUGAUCGUCUUCGGCCGCGGCGCCGCCGCCAACGCCACCUCGCUGUCGGACGCCGGCCUGCACAACAAGCUGCGGCGGCAGCUGGGCCGCCUGGAGGACUCGCAGCAGAUCCUGCUGCAGGUGCACCAGAACCUGGAGGGCUGCGGCUGGAGCCUGAACCUGCUGGCGCGCGCCGGCCAGAGCCACAAGAGCGACGACCUGGACCGUGCCGUCAUGGUGUCGCGGACCGUCCCCGACGACGCCAAGCAGCUCGUCUCCACCGUGUGCGGCAGCGCCGAGCUGCUGUUCCGGAGGACGCACCCGGACGGGCCCUUCCCCGUCCGGGCCGGGCCCGAGGAGCACCUGAUCGGGCGGCUGGCGUCGCCGCCGUCGGACUGCGACGGCUACGGCGACGGCUAUGGUGACGGCUACGGCGCGCCCACCAAGCCCUUCCCCGUCCCCUUGUCCGGCCAGGACAAGGACAACAUGAACCACAGCGAGAAGUGCGUGAAGAGCUGGAUGGAGGACUACGACUACGUGCACCUGCAGGGUAAGGAGGACUUUGAGCGGCAGCAGAAGGAGCUUCUGGAGAAGGAGAACAUCAUCAAGCAGAACCAGGUCCAGCUGGGCCAGGAGCAGAUCAACCAGUUCAAGCAGCUGGAGCAGGAGGUGAUCAAGCCGGUGGAGAACGACGUGUCGCGGUGGGUCGCCUCUGCCUCGCCCUGCGACCUGUCCGGCGCCCAAGUUAGCGCUCAGGUCAGCGCCCGGGACCGGCAGCUGCUGGGGUUCUACUCCGAGCAGUGCGGGCAGCACUUCUCCACCCUCCUCAGCGCCGUGGACGCCUUCUUCGGCUGCGUGGCGGCGGGCCAGCCCCCCCGCAUCUUCGUGGCGCACAGCAAGUUCGUGAUCCUCAGCGCGCACAAGCUGGUGUUCAUCGGGGACACGCUGUCGCGGCAGGCCGCCGCCGCCGACGUGGCCAACCGCGUCAUGAACGCCAGCAACGUGCUGUGCGACCUGCUGAAGACGGUGGUGGCGGCCACCAAGGCGGCGGCGCUGGGCUACCCCAACACGGCCGCCGUGCAGGCCAUGGUGGACCGGGUCACCGAGCUGUCGCACCACGCGCAGCGCUUCAAGGAGCAGCUACGGCUGAUGGCGGCGUCGUAACCGCGGCGACCGCACCGGACGUUUCUGUACGAUGUAAAUAUCUGUCCUGUACAUUUCUGCUCUAUUUUUGUGUAGAUAGUUUUAUACUAAGUCAUAAAUGCGUGUAGACGCCGCGCCGCCGUCUCUGUGGGCUCGUUCUUCCCAGCAUUCCCGGCACCGAGCACCUUACCAGCUGUUUCUGGUCGCCACGGCGACCGCGGUGGAGCUCACCUCGAAGUGAAGGACUGAACACAACUAGCUGGUGGAUGGAUGGAUGGAUGGAUGGAUGGAUGGAUGGAUGGAUGGAUGGA